AUGGUAACAUUUUACUUGGCACUAAAAACUCAGGUCAGUUAUAGAGCUGAUAUUUUUCAAGUAACUUUUGUGCCCUUGCAAAGCAUCUCUGUGGAUGUGGUGGUCCAAGGCUUCGUGGCUGAUGUCGUGUCUGAGCUUCGGUACAAGAAUGAGGAAAAGAACCCCGUGGAGGUGACCUUUGUUUUCCCUCUGGACGAUGAAGCUGCCGUCUACGCUUUUGAGGGCCUGAUUGGUGGGACACGGAUUGAGGCUCAGAUCCGAGAGAAGAAAGAGGCCCAGCAGGAAUACGAGGAUGCCCUGAGCGAAGGACGGCAAGCCUUCCUGCUUGAGAGGGAGACAAACACCAGUGACAUUUUCACCUGUACCCUGGGAAACCUUCCUCCCAAUGGGGAGGCCGUGCUGAAGGUGUGCUACGUCCAGGCAUUAGCUCCAGAACCUGAUGGAGCCGUCCGCUUUGUCCUGCCUGCUGUGCUGAACCCACGCUACGUACCCGUGGGGUCAGAAAGUGACACAGUCACCCAACAUAUUCCACGAGUCCCAAAGGGAAAGCUUCCCUAUACGCUCAGCCUCUGCGCCACACUGGAGUCUUCCCAUGGCAUCAGCCGGGUGGAAUCAAAAUGCACUCUGGAGCCCCUUCGCUACACAGUGGAAAACCGUACUUCUGCCCAGGUCUCCUUGGCUGAAGGGCACCAAUUUGACCGAGAUGUGGAGCUGCUGAUUUAUUAUGAGGAAGUUCACAAGCCCAGCGCAAUCCUCGAGGCUGGGAAGCCGGGAGCUGCGUCAGACUCCCUGAUGGGGGACCCAGUCCUUUUGGUUACCCUGUACCCCAGUUGGCAGUGUGCCCCCAAGCCAGGCCUGAGUGCCACUGGAGAAUUCAUCUUCCUGCUGGAUCGCUCUGGCAGCAUGGAUUGCUGUUCUGAUUACAACACUCUUGAUGCACCACCACGUAUUCAGAGCGCCAAGGAGACCCUGAUUCUCCUCCUGAAGGGCCUCCCUCUGGGAUGUUUCUUCAACAUCUAUGGCUUCGGAUCCACCUACGACUCGUUUUACCCGAAAAGUGUAGAGUACACCCAGAAGACCAUGUCAGAAUCUCUCCAGCGAGUUAAGAACCUCGGUGCUGACUUGGGGGGCACAGAAAUUCUGCAACCACUGAAGGCCAUUUACAGCCAGCCAUGCCGAGAAGGACAUCCUCGUCAGCUAUUUGUGUUCACAGAUGGAGAAGUAUCUAACACAAAUGAAGUCAUUGCAGAAGUUCAGCACCACAGCGAUUCCCACAGGUGCUUCUCCUUUGGCAUUGGUGAAGGGGCCUCCACAACCCUCAUCAAAGGCAUUGCGCGAGUGGCCGGAGGCAGUGCCGAAUUCAUCACCGGCAAGGAGCGCAUGCAGGCCAAGGCCCUACAGUCUUUGAAGAAAGCCCUGCAGCCAGCAGCAACAGGGAUCUCUCUUCAAUGGGAUUUGCCUUCCCAUCUUGAGGCCGUGCUUGUGGGGUCCGGUCCCCAGGUCAUCUUCGAAGGGCAGCAUAGCCUUAUCUAUGCCCAGAUCCGUGGACAGCAUAAGUCCUCAGGUGCCUCCGAGGGGUCUGUUGUGCUGCAGUACAUCUUCCAAGGCCAGACUUUCACAGAGACAAUGAAGUUUCCCCUUAAAGCUCAGGAGAGUGACAGGCUCCCUGUUCAUCGACUGGCGGCUCGAGCCCUCUUGCAGGAUCUGGAAGGUACUGGAGUGAAGGAUGGAAAAAAGCAGCGCCUGGCUCUGCAGACGAGCCUGAGUUCCGGGGUGGUGUGUUCCCAGACAGCCUACGUGGGGGUGAACACCGAGAAGGGCCAGCCAGUGCAAGGCCCCCUUAUCCGCCGAAAUGUGCCACUAAUAGGAGCUCGACGAGGACCCCGCCCCAUCAUCGUCACUGGAGCUUCCCAGUACGACAGGCUCUGCUAUGGUGCCCCCCUGCCUCCUGUCCUCUCAAGGAGCGGACCGUCAUCAGGCCAAAGGUGCAACAAGAUCACCUUUGGAUCGUAUGGUUUUGAACGAAUUACUGGAUCGUCCCGGGAUGAACCAAGAUUGGCCAAUGAAUACGGUUUUGAACGAAUUACUGGAUCGUCCCGGGAUGAACCAAGAUUGGCCAAUGAAUACGACUGCUUUGCUGGUAUCCCAAUUAUGGAAAGAUGCGUCGAUAAUGCCUUUUCAUUGGGAACUGACCUAUAUGAACGAAUUACCCUGGGUCGUUCAGAGAAAAGCAGAAAAGAAAAUGAUAAAAGCAACAUAUCCCCGAAUAUAUGCUGGGAUGCGAUAAAAUCAGUGCUGAGAGCUCCUGCAAAGAAGAAAAAACCCAUCCCCAAGAAAGAGGAAUCCCCUCUCUUGAGGCUGGUCUCCCUGCAGAAUGCGGAUGGCUCCUGGGACCCUGAUUCCAACCUAGCCAGUCUGCUGGGCCUGAGUGAGGCUAAGAUCAUGAGAAAAACACCUAAACAGGUGGCCCCCAAUGUGUGGGCAACUGUGCUGGCCAUCCUGUGGCUCCACUCCAACGCCGCAGAGCAGAGGGAUGAAUGGGAGCUGCUGGAAGCGAAAGCGCUCAACUGGCUUCAAGCACGUGCAG